CAUCUCUCUUCUUCUCUAUCCCUUUCACCGGAAACUCACCUCCGACGAAUAAAUCUCCGACUAAAGAUAAUUUAAAAUGGCGAAAGGAGGUAACAAACUGAUGAAGCUCAAAUCAGUUUUGAAGAAGCUAAACUCUUUCAACACCAAACCAAACCAGCCACAAGCUCCGGCCAAUCACGCUCGAUCCUCCGCUUUGAGUGCAUUGCCCUCAGAAGAACGCCACACCGUCUACGUCGGCAGUACACGGCGUCUGUACCACGUGAGCUCCGACGUCGUGAGCCAUCCUCUCUUCCAGCAGCUAGCGGCGGUUGAUGGUGCAUGCGGCGGCGAGGACGGUUCUAUCGCCGUGUCGUGUGAGGUUGUCUUGUUCGAGCAUUUGCUUUGGAUGCUUGAGAACGCUGACGCUAACGAGUCAGGCUUGGAGUCGGUCCACGAACUCGUUGAGUUCUACUCUUGCUAACUCCUCCUACGUUAAAUUAGGUGCCAAAUAUAUGUAAUUAAUGAUUUAUGUUUGUAUAUUCUAUACUUUGUAUACUUUUGUUAAAAUCUAUCUUUUGUUUUGAAUGAUACAACAACCAAUAAAAUAAAUAUUACAAUAUUGUAAACAUUGUCUUGCAAUUUGU